AUGUUUAUUUUCAUUGUUUCGAUAUUGUGUGUAUCUGGAUUGACUGCAUGUCUAGAAUUUAUCCCACCACAAAAAAUCGAUAAAAGUUUGGUAGUAUCAACUAACACCGGAGAGGUACAAGGAAUUCAAAAGAAGACGGAAUCUGGUAGUGUCUAUUGGGCUUACCAAGGAAUUCCGUUCGCGAAACCACCCAUAGGAAAUUUAAGAUUCAGAGCACCAGAACCACCUUCACCUUGGAGGGGUGUACUAGACGGCACCGAAGAAAGAAGUACUUGUGUACAAACGGUAUUAACCUUGGAUAAUGACAUCACAUUUUACGGCAAUGAAGAUUGUUUAUAUAUCAAUGUAUAUACCCCAAGAGUAAGUGAAAAUACUUCGGAGAAGCUACCAGUUUUAGUUUGGUUUUACGGAGGUGCAUUUAUGUUUGGAAAUUCCUCCAGUUCUUUUUAUGGAUCAGAAAAUUUACUUAAUCAGAAUAUUAUCACAGUUACAUUCAAUUACCGAGUAGGACCAUUUGGUUUUCUUAGUACAGGAGAUAUGGCAAGUCCUGGCAACUACGGUCUCAAAGAUCAAAAUUACGCAUUGAAAUGGGUCCAAGAAAAUAUUCAAAAUUUCGGGGGAGAUAAAAAUCGUGUGACAAUUUCCGGUCAAAGCGCAGGUGCAGCUUCCGUAAUGUAUCAAAUGGCAUCACCAGAAAGUAGAGGUUUGUUUUCGGGGGUCAUAUCGAGUAGCGGUAGUCCUUUAUGCACGUGGGCAUUCACAUAUAAUCCUGCUAGAACUGCUUUCGACUAUGGAUUAGCUGCAGGUGUACAAACAAAAAGCACAGAGGAAUUGAUUAAACUGUUGAGGGAAGCUGAUGUUGACGUUCUCAAGGGCGCUUCUAGAUUGUUAUUACUACUGUCUCUUCCAAAUGUGAUUAAGGCUGGUUUUCCUUUUGCUCCUACUAUAGAGCCUCAUCAUAAUGGAGCUUUUAUUACGAAAAGCGUUUACUCAAGUUUUGAGAAAGGAGAUUUUCACAAAGUACCAAUUAUGAUGGGAAUAAAUUCUUUGGAAACGUUAUUUUUCGCGGGAGGUAUAAAACUAUUGAAACCUUUGAACUUAAUAAAGGAUAUAAGUCCUAGCUCACUUCCUAGUGAUCAUAUGAAUAUUCGUACACAAGUAGAAAGACGAGAAGCCGGAUUAGAUAUAAUUAAACAAUAUUUUAAGGAUGGAAGUGUUUUUGGAUCCACUAUUAAAGAAUAUCUAGAGUUUACUAGCGAUGAUCAGUUCACAAGACCACUGCAUAAAACCGUACAACUUAUGUCAAAACACACCCCUUUAUAUUUUUAUACGUUUUCAUAUAUAAGUGAUAUUGGACAAAAACUACUAAAUGGAUUGAUUAUUAAAAAACCGGUACAAGGUGUAGCUCAUGGAGAAGAUAUAUUUUAUAUAUGGAGACGACACAGCGUACCGCUUCCAAAUGGAUUCGAUCAAAUCACAGCCACGAGACUUAUCAAAAUAUGGAGUAAUUUUAUUAAAACAGGGAAUCCAACGCCACAAAAAGAACCGAUUUUAAACAACGUGAUAUGGCCAAUUGUACCUUCCCAUAAAAACAUUCCAUACUUCAACAUCGAUAAGAAUAUUUCUAUAAAUUACAAUUAUCGCAAUGAACAAAUCAAAUUUUGGACUUAUUUGUAUCGAAAAUAUGGACAUCCGCCUUACGUGACAUAUUAGUUUUAAACAAAUUAGUUUUCUGAGACUGAAGAAUAAGAAGAGA